UAGCUAACCAUCGUGCAUUUAUAUCCCGCUUCUUUUUUAGAAACCACGCCCUUAAACCAGACACUCUCAAAUAUAAUAACAACCCCGGAUGGAGCUAUUGAUGUUGUAUUGUGCAUGUCAUUAAAAUAGGCAGGAUGUUCUCUGUGUAUUCUUACCAAUACCUCAUUGUGACCGCAAGAGAUCUUGAACCAGUUCAUUUCAACCUAAACGGACACAGCAAGUAAACCUACAUUCUUUUAUGCCGACGCUGCUCUUCAGGCAUGCAACAGAGACCAUCAGACAACAUGUUUAAAGGGACGCCACGAUUGCGGUAUUUCUUAAUUCUCAGUGCAGCAGUUCUUAUCACUGGACUAAUUGGCAGUACCAUCAAGUUUCAGAGUCAUUUCAGCAAGAUCCUGUCUUUAACAGGAAAAGUAUCUCUCUCCUCUCUGCCUGCAACUGUAUCCCUCAGUCCAAAGGAGCUUUUAUGGAGACACAGCAGUCAUCGACCAACCAUUCCAGAAGGGUAAAGUUCACAGGCAGGCAUUUUCUUUUGGCCAUUUUACUCAACUCUGAAUCACAGUAGCACAUGUCACACAGAACGUAGUUUCAAACACAGCCACCUUUAUGUCACCUCUUUUUGUACGUCAGCACAAUAUGUCUUUUGUCUCUCCUUGCUGUGAAAAUAUUUGGUUCUAAUGUUUAUUUGCUGCAAAAACAAUAUAGCCUCUCUUGGUUUCAGAUUAGAGUAUGGGCAGUACUGGCUCUUGGCACCGCGGUCCAUUGGAAACAAAAAUUUCAAGCACAGUGGGCUCCUGCAACCAGGCUUCAGAGACAUUAGUUCAUCUACAGAGGCCUGAUGUGUUGACUAUCACUCCAUGGUUGGCCCCCAUUGUCUGGGAAGGGACGUUUGAACCUGAAAUCAUUGACAACAUGUACAAGCCCCUGAACCUUACCAUUGCGACCACUGUGUUUGCUGUUGGAAAAUACACCCGCUUCCUGCGCGAUUUCCUGGAGACAGCUGAGCAGCACUACAUGGUGGGGUUCAGAGUGCACUACUACGUAUUCACUGACCAGCCCAAGCAGGUGCCUGCAGUGACUCUGGCCCCUGGGAGGAAGCUCAGCGUCAUCCAGGUUCCCAAGUUCAACCGCUGGCAGGAGAUCUCCUUGCGGAGGAUGGAGAUAAUCCAGACGGCCAUCGAGGAGCGCAUCCGCAAAGAGGCCGACUACAUCUACUGCCUGGACGUGGACAUGAGGUUCCACAACCGCUGGGGGCCCGAGGUGCUGGACACCCUGGUCGCAGCGAUUCACCCAUGGUUCUACACCUUGGACCGCGAGCAGUUCACUUACGAGCGGCGUCCUGCUUCCAAGGCUUACGUCCCAAAAGACCAGGGGGAUUUUUACUACAUGGCUGCCGUGUUUGGGGGUCGUAUAGAGGACGUGCACAAACUGACCAAAACAUGCCGUGAAAAUCUAGAGGAGGACAAAAAGAACAACCUGGAGGCUGCCUGGCAGGAAGAGAGCCACCUCAACAGGUACCUUGUUUACAAGAAGCCCACCAAGCUGCUGUCUCCAGAGUACAUGUGGGACGAUCUUAAGGGGCAUAAACCCUCGGAAAUUAGGUUAAUCCGAUUCUCAGCUAUUAUCAAAAACAAAGCUGAAGUCCGAGAAAAUAUAUAGACAAUCAGUCUAUAUAUAUAAUAUAUAUAUUAUAUUAUAUAUAUUAACACAGCACCGUUCAAAACUGUAAAAAUCCAAUGUGCCUCUACUGCUCACUUCAAACAAAACAGGUCAUGAUGAAAUUCACUGGGGACAAACAUUUUUACCUUUUUAAGGAAGAAACUUUAGAAAGUUAUUUCUAAACUGUCGGAAACUAACUAGUCAUCAAAGCUAGUGAUUUCUUUACAAUGUACAUACCUGCCAGUACAAUAAUGCAAUGCCUAUAGUUUUUUUGAAGUCAUGUAUUUUUAAAUCCGAAUGCUGUGCCUGUGAUACUGUGGUAUUUAAAAAUAAUUAUAUCAAAAACUUUCAUCUUGUCAUAAAUGUGGCCUUUGUCUUUUAUGUGACCUCGCCAUACUGUGAGAAUGUUUUGAAAAUCCAGUAUGUUUACUUUGGACUUGUUAGUCUUACUUGACUAUGGUAUUACCCAUAGUCAUGUGUGAAUUUCUGUUUUGUGACAUGGCCAGAAUGUUGUCUGAAUGUAUCAUUUCCAAUGUGAUCCAAUGUAUCGGCCGAACAGUAACACCAGAAUAUAUGAUAUAUUAAGAAAAAUCUAAUCAAAUCAAAUUUUUUAAUAAAGCAUGUUUAAAUACAACCCA